UGUUAGCGCGGGAAACCUAACAAGUACAGAAAUUAACUGGGGAAAGCGAUCAGCGAUAUCUGUACAUAUCAGUUUUUUUUUAAACUUUCUUUCCUUUGUAUAAUUUGCCAUUUUAUUUUGCUAUCAAUCGUAAGCGUUAUGGAUACAAAACCAAAUACUGAAAUAUGUGACAGUGUCCCAUUGUUGACACCGAAGAGGAAGGACCUUUCGACAGCAAACGGGUCUCAUAAACGGACACCAUACUCAAGAUGCAAAAAAGUCCAUUCCAGCUUUAAAUCACCUGUCCAGACCCCCAGUGGGCCUACUGGCCCUUCUGACCCUAAAGACGAGAUAGAGGAACUGAAGAAAAGACGGGCAGAGUUAGAUGCUGAGAUUACACUGCUGGAGAAAGAUGGGAUCAGAGUUGAGGAGUUGGAGCAGCACAUUGAUCUGCUGCAUGAGUAUAAUGACAUCAAGGACAUUGGACAAUCACUUGUAGGUAGGAUAGCUGCGCUGAGAGGAGUGACCACACGAGACCUCUACAGCCAAUAUGGGCUUGAGCUGGAGGACUGAGAAAAAGUGGCUGCCCAUCUUAAGCUCCUCCCCUCCUGAAGACAGAGAAAAAUAACUCACAAAGCUACAAAGCGUUCUGUUCACUGAAAGUUUCCUAAGUUAAGUGAUGUUUGAACUAAACAAGUUUCCCAAAAACAGAUCUACAUGGGUAUAGUGAAUUUAAUUAGCAAAACUCACACAUAGUUCUCUGCUAUUAAACACAUCCACCCAAUAAGAAUAUGGGCUAUGAAUAUGAAUGUACAGCAUCUGAAGAAGGGACUGAAGGGAUGGAGUUUACACAGAUCUAAGAUACAUUAAUGGAAGGCUCUAAACUUGUAAAUGUAUUGUUGUUCCCCUCUUAUAUUGCAUUCAGAUUAGAAAGUAAUGCAUUUAUUUAAGUUUUUGAUAUACAUAGUAUGUUCAAAAUAUAGAAAUUGUAUUCUGAAUUGCUUGUGAAAAAUAGCUUCAUGUAUAAAUUAAGUUCUAUUUAUGUACAAUAUAUAUAUAACACCAAUAUUUUAUUUUUUUGCAAGUUAAAGUUUCCAGUAAAGAUAACUUUUGCUGUAUAAAAUGUGCCAACAUUUGAAUUGUGAUUUGAAUUUCUCUCUGCACAGGUGUUUUGAGUUAAUUUAUUGCAGAUGAAAGUUCUGAAGACCACAAAGAAGAGGCGUUAGCCAUAAUCUGUGUUAAACUGACAAGCGUUUUGUUUAGAGAUUAUAUAGUGGCUUUUAUGUGUUGCCAAGACUGACCAGAACAUUCAAUGAUCAGAACUGAUGUGUGUUAUCUAAGUAUUCUCAUGUCUUUUGAAAGGAAUGUAUCUUUGAAAACUGUCACCUCGGUCCAUAUCCAAUUCCGAAUUGUGCCAAGUAGGCCUACUACGCUGCUGCUCCCUAGUGUAUUCAAGGAUUUAUUAUGGGCAUUGACGAGUUGUGUCCAGUUCUAACGCUCAUCGGGUGGUGGUGAUAUGACUGUAUACGCCGAUCUCCCCCAACCUACGAGUAUUAGCGUUUACGCGCGUCUCACAGUAGGAGCGUGUCACUACCGGGUGGAAACGACCGUGCACUCUGGUCGGAAGGGCCGCAUUUCCUUAACAGUAGAAUUUCUGCGGCGGCAAGCUCCACCUCUUUGGACCAUGUGUUUGGUGGUAGAGCAUGUCACUCAUGGUUUACACAUACUGCUCGUUCGUAGCCAUAUGGGAGGUGGGAAUUUAGCAGUUAUGUAGGCUAGUUGUAGUACAGUUGAAUGCAGUCAGAGAUUUGGUAAUGACCAGCAAUCUACGAAAUAUAUACCGGAAAAGCCUGACGUUUACAUGCUUGUAAGCUAAUUAUUACGUAAGAAACGUAUUGAUAUUUUAUAUGCUGGGCCUACGUGUUUAUUUGGUCACAUGUAUCUUAAUAAAAUGCUGCAAGAGGACAAUUUCUAUAAGCUUUAC